CUCCGGGCUGCAGUCGAGCCCAACCAAACCGCGCUGCCUCUUCUCUGCUCCCUCUGGCCUCGCGCCUCUCGGACUCCACCUCAGACCCCGUCCCGGGCGCGGUCCCGAGCAGCUGCCCGCCCCCAGUCCCCGCCCGCUUCCAGUCCGGCGCCCGCCGCGCAGCCUGGGUCGGAGCAAUGGGGGCCGCCGCCGGUCGGGGAGCCCACCUGGGGCCCGCACCCGCCGGCGGCCAGCCGCGCUCACUGCUGGUGCUGCAGCUUCUGCUGCUCGCGGCGGCCCCGGGGACAGCGCAGGCCCAGGCCUCGGAGUUCACCGAGCUGUGUAGAUACACAUGGGAAGCUGUUGAUACCAAAAGUAACAGACUUUAUAAAAUCAGCGUUUGUGGAAAUGUGGAUGUCACCCACUGUGGGCCAUCCAGUGCAGUCUGUAUGCAUGACCUGAAGAAAAACAGCUUUCAGUCAGUGGGUGACUCUUUCUUCAGAAGUGCAACCAGAUCACUUCUGGAAUUCAACACGACCACGAACUGUCAGCAGCAAAACACAGAACAUAAAAUCCAGAGCAGCAUCACAUUCCUGUGUGGAAAAACCCUGGGAACUCCUGAAUUUGUAACCGCCACAGAGUGUGUACAUUAUUUUGAGUGGAGAACGACUGCAGCCUGCAAGAAGGACAUAUUUAAAGCAAAUAAAGAGGUGCCAUGCUAUGUGUUUGAUGCAGAGUUAAAGAAGCAUGAUUUAAAUCCACUGAUCAAAAUAAGUGGUGGCUACUUGGUGGAUGACUCCGACCCGGAUACUUCUCUAUUCAUCAAUGUCUGUAGAGACAUAGACUCCCUGCGGGACUUAAGUCCGCAGCUGCAUGCCUGUCCAGUGGGGACUGCUGCCUGCUUGCUGCAAGGGAACCAGGCGUAUGAUGUUGGCCAACCCAAGGAGGGACUGAAGCUAGCGAGCAAGGACAGACUUGUCCUGACUUAUGUGAAGGAAGGGGCAGGAAAGCCAGACUUCUGCGAUGGUCAUAGCCCUGCAGUGACAAUUACAUUUGUGUGCCCUUCUGAGCGGAGAGAGGGCACCAUCCCCAAGCUCACUGCCAAGUCCAAUUGCCGAUAUGAAGUUGAAUGGAUCACUGAGUAUGCCUGCCACAGGGACUAUCUGGAGAGCAGCACCUGUGCCCUGAGCAGUGGGCAGCAUGACAUUGCCAUUGACCUCCGCCCUCUCACCCAGCCCGGAGGGUCCUAUGCUUCUGAUGGAAAAGAAUAUACAUUUUAUUUAAAUGUCUGUGGAGAAGCCAAGACCCGCUCCUGUAAUAAGAAAGAGGCUGCAGUUUGUCAAGUAAAGAAGAUUGAUUCCACUCAAGUCAAGAUAGCAGGAAGGCCGAAGAACCAGACCCUCCGGUACUCUGAUGGAGACCUCACCCUGAUAUAUUUUGGAGGCGAGGAGUGCAGCUCAGGCUUCCAGCGGAUGAGUGUCAUCAACUUUGAGUGUAAUCAAACUGCAGGGAAUGAUGGGAAAGGAGAACCUGUGUUCACAGGGGAGGUAGAUUGCACCUACUUCUUCACGUGGGACACAAAGUACGCCUGUGUCAAAGAGAAGGAAGACCUCCUCUGUGGUGCCAGCGAUGGGAAGAAGCGCUACGACCUGUCCACCCUGGCUCGCCACUCAGAAUCUGAACAGAAUUGGGAAGCAGUAGAUGGCAGCCAGACAGCAGCAGAAAAGAAGCAUUUCUUCAUUAAUGUCUGUCACAGGGUGCUGCGGGAGGGCAAGGCCAUAAGCUGUCCCGAAGACGCUGCUGUGUGUGCUGUGGAUAAGACGGGAAGUAAAAGCCUGGGAAAAUUUAUCUCUUCUCCCACAAAAGAGAAAGGAAACAUUCAACUCUCCUACUCAGAUGGUGAUAAUUGUGGUGAUGACAAGAAAAUAACAACUACUAUCACUCUCAUAUGCAAGCCAGGUGACCUAGAAAGUGCUCCAAUGUUGAGGACUUCUGGGGACAGUGGCUGCUUCUAUGAGUUUGAGUGGCACACAGCUGCUGCCUGCGUGCUGUCGAAGACUGAAGGAGACAACUGCACGGUCUUUGAUUCCCAGGCAGGAUUUUCUUUUGAUUUGUCACCUCUCACAAAGAAAAAUGGUGCCUAUAAAGUUGAGACAGAGAAGUAUGAAUUUUACAUAAAUGUUUGUGGCUCAGUGUCUGUGCACACCUGUCCUCUAGACUCUGGGGCCUGCCAGAUUUCAAAAAGUAAUAAGAAGUAUUGGAACUUGGGACUGAGUAAUGGUAAACUUUCAUAUUAUGAUGGGAUGAUACAGCUGAGCUACAAGGAUGGUACACCCUAUAAUAAUGAAAAGCACACACUGAGAUCCACACUGAUCACUUUCCUCUGUGAUCGAGAUGCUGGAGUAGGUCUGCCUGAGUACCAGGAAGAGGACAACUCUACCUACAACUUCCGGUGGUAUACUAGUUACGCCUGCCCGGAGGAGCCCCUGGAGUGUGUGGUGACUGACCCGUCCACACUGGAGCAGUAUGACCUCUCCAGUCUGGCAAAGUCUGAAGGUGGUCGUGGAGGAAACUGGUAUGCUAUGGACAACUCAGGAGAGCAUAUCACUUGGAAAAAAUACUAUAUAAACGUGUGCCGGCCCCUGAAUCCUAUGCCUGGCUGUGAUCGAUAUGCAUCAGCUUGCCAGAUGAAAUAUGAAAACGAUCAGGGCACCUUCACCGAGACUGUCGCCAUCAGCAGCCUGGGAGUGGCCAAGACUGGCCCAGUGGUGGAGGAGAGUGGCAGCCUCCUGCUGGAGUAUGUGAACGGCUCAGCCUGCACCACCAGCGACGGCCGGCUCACCACCUACAGCACGAGACUCCAUCUUGUUUGCUCCCGGGGGAGCAUGAACACCCACCCCAUAUUUUCUCUCAACUGGGACUGUGUGGUCAGUUUCCUGUGGAACACAGAGGCUGCCUGCCCCAUCCAGACAAUGACAGACACGGACCAGGCCUGCUCUAUAAGGGACCCCAACAGUGGAUUUGUGUUUAAUCUUAGCCCACUCAACAGUUCACAAGGAUAUGUGGUCUCAGGCAUUGGGAAGACAUUUGUGUUCAAUGUCUGUGGCACCAUGCCUGCCUGUGGGACUGUUGCUGGAAAGCCCGCUUCUGGCUGUGAGGCAACGUCUGAGACACAGGAGCUGAAGAACUUGCAGCUGGAAAAGCCGGUUGGAUUUGAGAAGAGCCUCCAGCUGUCCACGGAGGGCCUCUUAACACUGACCUACAAAGGGUUUCCUCCUGAGGACAGAGGUACUGCUUUUAUCAUUCGCUUUAUUUGCAACGAUGAUGUUUACCCAAGAACUACCAAAUUCCUGCAUCAGGACAUCGACUCUGUACGAGGGAUCCGGAACACUUACUUCGAGUUUGAAACUGCUUUGGCUUGUGUCCCUUCUCCCGUGGAUUGCCAAGUGACUGACCCGGCUGGAAACGAGUACGAUCUGAGUGCAUUAAGCACCAUCAGGGAGCCCUGGACUGCUGUGGACACUACUGCUGAUGGGAAGAAGAGAACUUUCUACCUGAGCGUCUGCAACCCUCUCCCUUACAUUCCUGGGUGCCACGGCAGCGCAGUGGGCUCUUGCUUGGUGUCCGAGGACAACAGCUGGAACCUGGGAGUGGUGCAGAUCAGUCCUCAGGCUGCGGCCAACGGGUCCCUGAGCAUUGUGUAUGUCAACGGCGACAAGUGUGGAAACCAGCGCUUCUCCACCAGGAUCACGUUUGAGUGUGCACAGACGUCGGGAUCCCCAACAUUUCAGCUUCUGGAUGACUGUGAGUACGUGUUUGUGUGGAGAACAGUGGAGGCCUGUCCUGUGGUCAGAGCAGAAGGAGACAAUUGCCAAGUGAAAGACCCCAGGCACGGAACCUUGUAUGAUCUGAGGCCUCUGGCCCUCAGCGACACCAUCGUGAGUGUCAACGAGUACACCUAUUACUUCCGGGUCUGUGGGCAACUAUCCUCAGAUGUCUGCCUCACCCAAGACCAGUCCAAGAUUGUCUCCUCAUGUCAGAAAAAGCUUGGACCACCAAAAUUUGAGAAGGUGGCAGGCCUUCUUACUCAGAAGCUGACUUAUGAAAAUGGAUUGUUAAAAAUGAACUACACUGGCGGGGAUACUUGCCAUCAGGUGUACCAGCGGUCCACAACCAUCUUCUUCUACUGCGACCGGAGCACGCAGAAGCCAGUGUUCCUGAGAGAAACUUCAGACUGCUCCUACUUGUUUGAGUGGCGGACACAGCAUGCCUGCCCACCGUUCAACGUGACUGAGUGUUCUUUCAAGGAUGGGGCUGGCAACUCCUUCGACCUCUCGCCCCUGUCACGCUACAGCGACAACUGGGAGGCUGUGACCAGGACAGGGGCCACGGAGCACUACCUCAUCAAUGUGUGCAAGUCUCUGGCCCCGCAGGCCGGCAGUGAGGUAUGCCCUCCAGAGUCGGCUGUGUGUCUGUUGGACGGCUCCAAACCCAUGAACCUGGGCAGGGUAGGGGACGGUCCUCAUCGGAUUGAUGGAGUGACUGUCCUGACAUAUGUGGACGGAGACUUGUGUCCUGACAAGGUUCGGAGAAAGUCUACCACCAUCCGGUUCAGCUGCAGUGAGAGCCAAGUGAACUCCAGGCCACUCUUCAUUAGUGCUGUGGAGGACUGCGAGUACACCUUCUCCUGGCCCACAGCUGCUGCCUGUCCUGUACAGAGAGGCGUGCAUGACGACUGCCAGGUCACCAACCCCAGCACAGGACACUUGUUUGACUUGAGUUCGCUAAGUGGCAGAGCUGGCUUCACAGCAGCUUACAGCGAGAAUGGGCUCGUCUACAUGAGCAUCUGUGGGGAGAAUGAAAACUGUGCUCCUGGCAUGGGGGCCUGCUUUGGACAGACUCGGAUCAGCGUGGGCAAGGCUAGCAAGAAGCUCAGCUAUGUGGAUCAGGUCUUGCAGCUGGUGUAUGAGGACGGAUUCCCGUGUCCCUCCAAAUCUGGCCUGAGAUACAAGAGCGUCAUCAGCUUUGUGUGCAGGCCUGAGGCUGGGCCGACCAGUAGGCCCGUGCUCAUCUCCCUGGAUAAGCAGACAUGCACGCUCUUCUUCUCCUGGCACACUCCCCUGGCCUGUGAGCAGGCGACGGAAUGUACCGUGAGGAAUGGGAGUUCUAUUAUUGACUUGUCCCCUCUCAUCCACCGCACCGGCGGUUAUGAAGCCUAUGAUGAAAGUGAGGUCGACACCUCUGACACCAACCCUGAUUUCUACAUCAAUAUUUGCCAGCCACUCAAUCCCAUGCAUGGAGUCCCCUGUCCUGCUGGAGCUGCAGUGUGCAAAGUCCCUGUCAAUGGUCCCCCUAUAGAUAUUGGCCGGGUCACAGGCCCUCCAAAGCUCAAUCCAGGAGGAACUGAAAUUUACCUGACUCUUGAAAGCAGUACUCCUUGCUUGGCGGAUAGCCAUUUCAAUUACACCUCGAUCAUCACAUUCCACUGCAAGAGAGGUGUCAGCAUGGGAACUCCGAAGCUGAUAAGGACCAGUGAGUGCGACUUUGUGUUUGAGUGGCAGACUCCAGUUGUCUGUCCUGAUGAGGUGAAGAUGGAGGGCUGUGCCCUGACAGAUGAUCAGCUGCUCUACAGCUUCAACCUGACAAGCCUUUCCAAGAGCACCUUCAAGGUGACUCGAGACUCACACACAUACAGUGUGGGGGUGUGCACCGCGGCAGCUGGCCUGGACCAAGGAGGCUGCAAGGAUGGUGGCGUCUGUCUGCUCUCGGGGAGCAAAGGGGUGUCCUUUGGACGGUUAGCGUCGAUGCAGCUGGAUUACAGGCACCAAGAUGAAGCGGUCAUUCUGAGCUAUGUUAAUGGUGAUAUUUGCCCUUCAGAAACAGAAGAAGGUGACACCUGUGUCUUCCCCUUCAUACUCAACAGGAAGAGCUAUGAUGAUUGUGUCCUGGAUGGAAGGGCAAAGCUUUGGUGCAGCAAGACAGCGAACUACGACAGGGAUCAUGAGUGGGGGUUCUGCAGGCAGAGCAAUAGCCACCGGACAUCUACCAUCACAUUUAAGUGCGAUGAAGAUGAGGAUAUCGGGAGACCAGAGGUCUUCAGUGAAGUUCGUGGGUGCGAAGUGGCAUUUGAGUGGAGAACAAAAGUUGUCUGCCCUCCGAAGAAGAUGGAGUGCAAAUUCAUCCAGAACCACAAAACCUAUGACUUGCGGCUAUUGUCCUCUCUCACCGGGUCUUGGUCUUUCGUGCACGAAGGAGCCUCGUACUUCAUAAAUCUGUGUCAGAGAAUAUACAAAGGGCCCCUGGACUGCUCCGAAAGAGCCAGCAUUUGCAAAAAGAGUGCAUCCGGCCAAGUCCAAGUCUUGGGACUGGUUCACACGCAAAAGCUGGAUGUCUUAGAUGACAGAGUUAUUGUUACUUACUCAAAAGGCUAUCCCUGUGGUGAAAAUAAGACUGCGUCCUCUGUUAUAGAGCUGACCUGUGCAAAGACUGUGGGCAGGCCUUCGUUCAAGAGGUUUGACAUCGACAGCUGUACCUACUAUUUCCGCUGGGACUCUCGGGCAGCAUGCGCCGUGCGGCCUCAAGAGGUGCAGAUGGUGAAUGGGACCCUCACCAACCCUGUGAAUGGCAAGAGCUUCAGCCUUGGGGAUAUUUAUUUUAAACUGUUCAGUGCCUCUGGGGACAUGAGAACCAAUGGGGACAGCUACCUGUAUGAAAUCCAGCUCUCCUCCAUCACCAGUUCUUCCAACCCAGCCUGCUUCGGAGCCAACAUCUGCCAGAUGAAGCUGAAUGGCGAGCACUUCAUCAGGAAAGUGGGCACCUCGGACAGGACCAAGUACUACAUCCAGGAUGGCGAUCUCGAUGUUGUAUUUGCCUCUUCCUCCAAGUGUGGGAAAGAUAAGACAAAGUCAGUCUCCUCCACCAUCUUCUUCCACUGUGACCCUCUGGUAAAGGAAGGGAUACCUGAGUUCAGUCAUGAGACCGCCGACUGCCAGUACCUCUUCUCCUGGUACACCUCUGCUGUGUGCCCCCUGGGGGUGGGCUUUGACAGAGAGCGCACCAAAGAGGACAUACAGAGCCACAAGGGGCUCUCGGAGCGGAGCCAGGCUGUCGGGGCAAUCCUCAGCCUGCUCCUGGUGGCGCUCACUGGCUGCUUGCUGGCCCUGCUGCUUCACAAGAAGGAACGGAGGGAAAUUGUGAUAAACAAGCUGACCAAUUGCUGUCGAAGAAGCUCCAACGUGUCCUACAAAUACUCAAAGGUGAACAAGGAGGAAGAGGCAGAUGAGAACGAAACAGAGUGGCUGAUGGAAGAAAUCCAGAUGCCACCUCCAAGACUGGUGAAGGAAGGACAGGAAAAUGGCCACAUUACCACCAAGUCUAUGAAAGCAGAGGCCCUCACAUCCCUGCAUGGGGAUGACCAGGACAGUGAGGACGAGGUCUUGACCAUCCCAGAGGUGAAAGUUCACGCGGGCAGAGGAGCCAGAGUGGACAGCUCACACCCUGUGAGAAACCCACAGCGGAAGGCCCUUCAGGAGAGGAAGGAUGAUAGGGCAAGGCUGGUCCCUGGGGAGAAGACCUGGAAAGGGAAGCCCAGGUCUGGACAGCACAAGAUGGUGACAUCCACCAAGCUGGUGUCCUUCCACGACGACAGUGACGAGGACCUCUUACACAUCUAACACCAUGGUGCCUACAGGAGAAUGUGGAGCCAUGGGACAGCCAAGCACCUCCAACCAAAUAAGACUUCAACUUGAUGAUGCUUCUAUAAUUUUGCCUUUAACAAAAACUGCUUCAAAAGGGAAGAGUUUUUGUGGUGGGGGAGAGGGUGAAGGAAGUCAGGUGCUGCUUCUUCAAGGCAUUGCUCACAUUGGCCAAAGGGCGGUAGCUCGUGCCCAGGGUUUGCCCCAAGUCCUCAUUUACAUGCAGAGCUCCUCUGUGCGCCUACCAGGUGCCAGGCUGGGCACAUCAGAACAGAGGGCUGUGUUUGAAAAAAUCCUUGCUGCUUUAGACCCUCUAGGGUAUUUGACCAUUAUAUUUUAGCAUCUUAAUUCUCUCCCCCUAUUUAUUGACUUUGACGAUUACUCAGGUUUGCGAAAAAGGAAAAAAAAAAACAGCCACCGUUUCUUCUUAUCAGCAGAAUGCAGUGCACCAGGUGGUGUGGAAGGGAAGCUGUUGGGUUGCUGGGGUGGUUUCUCAUGACGUUUUGAACUGGUCAUUAAUGUGUCCCCUGAGUUGGAGGACUUCAUUCUGUCUCUUCUCUUUUGCUUUCCAUUUUUAAGGGCAUCGCACACACAUGCACAGGGUCCCUGAGUGCCUAGGUUUGGGAGGCUCUGCCUGCUCUGUGCCUUUCAUCAGUGACAGCUGCAGCCCUUUGCAUGACAUCUUCAGACCUAGAUGUACAGAGCACAUUGGUCAGUAUUGUAUUGCUUUUGCCAGCUGGUGAACUCAUACAGUCCACCCAAAGAUUGACUUUGUUUUUGUUUGUUGACAUGGAAUUGAGGUGUCUGAGAAAGUAGCUUCUUUCCUGGUUUGGGCUGUAGGUCUCAUCUCUUCAGGUUCUCAUGAUACCACCUUUACUGUGCUUAUUUUUUUUAAGAAACAAAAGUAUUUAUCAACCAUUCAACCUAUAAGAAGCCUUAAUUUGCACAGAGUAUGACUUUCUGAGCUGGUGGGAAGCAUGGUGGGCCUCAAUCUUAUUGUAGCCUUGGGCAAGAAGGAGGACCUGGCCCAUAUCCUCCACUGGCUGUCGACUCCUUUCUUAAAGUGUUUCGUGAAUGACUUUUUUCACGUUGCAGAGUUGUACAUAGACUCAGUGGUAUUCCUAUUGGAAAAGCAAACCACCCUACAGAAUCUCUUGGUUUGUGCCCUGUUUGGCUGGCUUAUUUGAUUUCAACAUGAGUGUAUUUUUUAAAAUUGAUUUUUCUCUUCAUUUUUUUUCCAAUCAACUUUAUUGUAAGAUAAAGUAUUCAAUAAUUUCAAUAAAAGAUAAAUUAUUAA